AUGAUUCACGAUGCUGUCCUGGACUACUACGGCAGGCGGUUAGCCACAUGCUCUUCGGAUAAGACCAUCAAGAUCUUCGAGGUGGAGGGCGAGUCGCAUAGACUAGUUGAGACACUGAAAGGCCACGAGGGCGCUGUCUGGUGCGUUGCAUGGGCCCACCCCAAGUACGGCAAUAUUCUCGCAUCCUCCUCAUACGACGGCAAAGUCAUCAUCUGGCGCGAACAAAACGGUCAAUGGCAGAAAAUCUACGACGUAGCCCUCCACUCCGCAUCCGUCAAUCUCGUUGCAUGGGCACCCCACGAAGCAGGCUGCGUGCUCGCCUGCGCCUCCUCAGACGGCAAUGUCUCGGUUCUCGAGUUCAAGGACAACAACUGGACGCACCAGGUAUUCCAGGCAUGCGGUUCGGGCGUCAACAGUGUGAGCUGGGCGCCCGCCUACGCACCCGGACAGGUUGUCACAGCGAGCGGGAAUGCGCCGGGCAACGCAAGGCGAUUCGUCACAGGCGGCAGCGAUUGCCAGGUCAAGCUUUGGGAGUUUAGCCCGGAGAGCGGAUCGUACCAGAACUCCCAGAUUUUGCCAGGACACACAGAUUGGGUGCGCGAUGUCGCUUGGUCGCCGACCGUUCUGUCCAAGUCGUACAUUGCGUCAGCAAGCCAGGACAAGACGGUGCGCAUCUGGACAUCCUCAGAUCUACGGGAAUGGAAAUCCACCGUACUAAACGUCGAAGCCGUAGCAUGGCGAGUGAGCUGGAGCCUGAGCGGCAAUGUCUUGGCUAUCAGCACUGGAGACAACAGGAUCAGCCUGUGGAGGGAGAAGCUGAGCGGCGGCUGGGACUGCGUGAAGACGAUCGAGGAGUAG